AGCUGCAGAAGGGGCACCGCUGAGCUGCCGAGAAGAGGCUCGCUCCGCCCGGCUGCCCGCCCACAGCCCGCCGGAGAAGGGUCGUUCCUGGCGAGGAGGAAGAGGGCUGAGGAAGGCGCAGCACCCGCUCUGGCCCUCGCACAACAGCUCCAGCUGGCAGCAUCACCUCCCACCAAUUUAUCCAACUUCUGCCAAGGCUCUGAAAUGCCAACUAUGUCGAGGCCUGCACUUGAUGUCAAGGGUGGCACCUCACCUAUGAAGGAGGAUGCCAACCCAGAGAUGAGCUCUCUGGCCUACUCUAACCUGGCGGUGAAAGAUCGCAAAGCAGUGGCCAUCCUGCACUACCCCGGGGUAACCUCGAAUGGAACCAAGGCCAGUGGGGCUCCCGCUAGCUCCUCAGGAUCUCCAACUCCAAUAAGCUCUCCUACUGCUGCCCCUCCCACUAAACCCCCACCCUUCAACCUGCACCCCGCCCCUCACCUGCUGGCCAGUAUGCAGCUGCAGAAACUUAAUAGCCAGUAUCAUGGGAUGGCCGCCGCUACUCCGGGCCAACCUGGGGAGGCAGGGCCCCUGCCAAAUUGGGGCUUCGGGGCUCAGGCGGGAGGGGCGGGGUCACUCUCUCCUGCUGGUGCCCAGAGCCCUGCCAUCAUCGAUUCAGACCCGGUGGAUGAGGAGGUGCUGAUGUCACUGGUGGUGGAACUGGGACUGGACCGAGCCAAUGAGCUUCCGGAGCUGUGGCUGGGGCAGAAUGAGUUUGACUUCACUGCAGACUUUCCAUCUGGCUGCUGAUACCAACUGUUCCUAAAGAUGGAGGAAUAAAGCCACCAAUUCUGUUGUAAAUAAAAAUAAAAGUUACUUACAAGAGAUGGGC